GGAGGGUGCGCACAGACAGGAUUACCAUCAGCGAAGGAGGCAGCGGAGGACAGCAAAGGAUUAAAGGAGAGACACGGCGGGGAUGAAACGAUGAAUAAGCGAUGAAGGAGUAACUAGAGGAAACUAUUCAAAGAAAGGAAGAAUUCACACACCUCAUGAACUUAAGGACGUUGGAGCUUUGCCCUGCAGAGUGAGAGCGAACUAAAAGUACAAGCAAAAGAAAGGAAACAACUGAUCAUUUGCAAGGGGUCUCUUCAGUGGCCUGAACACCACCUGCUGUGAAGAGACCAGAUGUUUGGGAGUAGGACACAGUUUGGCCUCCCACUGUGGCCCUCUACCUGUGAUCACUGGUGCCAUGGGAACAAGUAGAGCCAACAGGUACAGCAUUGUGUCUGAUACUUUACCAGAGGAAGAAAGGCAAAAGAUUUCUAGCUUAGGACUCCAUAACGGCCACAGUUCACCCAGAUUCAGACUGCCCUUGGCCUGCACCUCAGAAGGAGAAGACAGGAGGAGGUCAGGAACCUCCGCUAUCGUGCCCAGCACGACGGACCAAGGAGUGAUGAACAACUACAACGGAAAGGUUCUGACAAGGGGCUCCAGCCAAGUACGGAGCCGAUUUGUGAAGAAAAAUGGACAAUGUAACGUUGUGUUCACCAACAUGGAAGAAAAGGGACAGCGCUUUCUAGCUGACAUCUUCACCACCUGUGUGGACAUCCGCUGGAGAUACCUGUUGGCUGUAUUCUGCACCAGCUUUCUUGUCUCCUGGCUGUUUUUUGGUUUAAUCUUUUACACUGUUGCCCUGGCACAUGGGGACUUUGAAGAGCACCCUACACUGAAAAGUGAUGGACUGACACCUGGAGGUCUGCACGGAGCCACAUCUGGACAUACAACUGGAGAGCAAGCACAAAGGAUGCCCUGCAUACUUCAUGUUCAGGGGUUUAUUGGGGCGCUCCUGUUCUCCAUGGAGACCCAAACUACUAUUGGUUACGGAUGGCGCUGUGUUACCGAGGAGUGCCCUGUUGCUGUAAUAACAGUGGUGAUACAGUCCAUAGUAGGCUGCAUCAUUGACUCUUUCAUGAUUGGCACCAUUAUGGCCAAGAUGGCUCGGCCAAAGAAGAGGAACCAGACCCUCAUGUUCUCCAAAAAUGCUGUCAUUGCGCUGCGUGAUGGCAAGCUGUGCCUCAUGUGGAGGGUGGGGAACCUGCGGAAGAGCCACAUUGUGGAGGCUCACGUCCGUGCCCAGCUCAUACGUUCGUAUGUCACAGCUGAGGGCGAGUUCAUCCCUUUAGAGCAGAUGGACCUCAAUGUGGGCUAUGAUGAGGGCACAGACAGGCUGUUUCUAGUAUCUCCACUGGUUAUAGUCCACGAGAUAGACAAAGAUAGCCCCUUGUAUACUCUGAGCCGAGCUGAUCUGGAGGCAGAUGACUUUGAGGUCGUUGUGAUCCUGGAAGGAAUGGUGGAGGCUACAGCCAUGACCACCCAGUUCCGUAGCUCCUACCUUUCCAGAGAGAUCUUCUGGGGCCACAGGUUUGAGCCUGUGAUCUACGAGGACCGCGACCGCUACAAGGUAGACUACGCACGCUUUCACAAGACAUACGAGGUGCCGUCAACGCCCCAUCUCAGCGCCAAAGAGCUGGAUGAAGCUGCGAGCAGGGCUUCUUCCGCUGCUUCUCCUGCAUCUGCAUGCAGAGCCACAAAAGACUUGAUCCCCAUGUCACUCAACGCUUUCUGCUAUGAGAACGAGGUGGCAUUGAGCUGUGGGGAGGAAGAGGAUGAUAUAUUUGACUCUUCUCAGAUUGUAGGGAAGGAGAGGGCAGAGGAGAGAAGGACUUCAGUUUCUGUUGACUUCCAAAAUAUGUUCCACGACAACUCGACCGUGACUUCAGGCAGUCACAAUGUCAUGUGUGUUCUUGACAUGGACAAUAACCAGAUGGAGUUUGAUAUCUUACAGACUGCAAUUCCUCUUGAUCCAGUGACCUAUAAGAGCGAGCAAGAGAUUCAGUGAGAAGAGGGAGGGUAUGGUCUCCCAUGCUCCUCCUGUUUCUGGACCUGUUUUCUGCAUGUCCCAUACCCCUUUUGCCUUUCCAGUGUUAUUUUAUAUUCACAUUCAGUGGCUCAAAAGUAAGAAAUGUUUCCUAAAUAGUUUUGUGACGGAAUUUCUUAGAGCUUUUGUCAAAGGUUCUUUGUGCAGAAUAAGUCUGGCUUUUUAAAUUUUGGCUCCUGACAGGAUUUUGGCUCUUUUAUUAUGAUUUGACAAAGGAAAGCACUGUGGCAGAAAAGCCCACGGACCUGGACUAAGAAAUGUAUAUUUUGCAUAAUUAAAAUGUUCUUUAUCUUAACUUAAUUUCUAUGUGAAUAUAAACAAUAUAUUUUAUGGAAGAAAUAGCUAUUCUGAUUUGAAUUCUCUUCAUGAAGAGAACUGAAGUUCUUCAAGUUUUAUGCUCGAUAAACUUCAGCCGGUUCGUGGAUUUCCGUGAACAUCAUGCUGGCAAUAGUUUCCCACAUUGUCUUUUAUAUUCCUGCUGAAAUAAGUCAGAAUUUUUGACUUACAAAUGUACAUUGAAAUGGAAAAUAUUUGUGCGCUGCAAAUGUUGAAAUUUAGAGGAGAGAAUCUUCUAUAUAAACAUUCAUUCAAAUAUAUUUCCUAAAACUGCCCUAUAAUAAGUUAUUUAGCAUACAUUAUUGAUAAACUUUUUGAUUUUGUACAGUAGCAAAAAAAAUUCUAAGUGCAAUCACUAAGUGUAACAGAAGAUGUUUUCUGAAGAAGGUAAUAAAGUUUCCUUAAGAUAAACUUAGAGGGAUGUCACUGGAUUUAAAAUCUAAUGUUUAAAACAUAGUUUUUAGCUUAAAGUUGAUUUCUUAAAAUGCUUAAUUUUUAUUAGUGUAUCAAGACUAAAAUAACUUUAUCAAGUUAGCAUAAUGAUUAAAAAGCAGAGUACACUAUAAAAAAUUGUGUAAAAAUAAAAGGGGGAAAAUGUCCUGGUAAUUUUCUGCCAUUACAUUUUUAAUGGAGGUUUGCGUAUUUGGUAACUGGUAAAAUUAUUGUGUGAUUAAAAAAUACAGGAAAAAAUCCUUAAAAAGUUCAUAUGGAAAAUGAUUUCAUUUUAAACCAGCACAUUUCACUGUAUUUUUACGGAUGAGGAUUUCUUUCUUGGUUUGUUUCUUGUGGAGGUUGCAGGCUGUGAUUACAGAAUCAAUACUGAGAAUCGGCUUCAAAACACAUUUGCUCUGUUACUGUUCGCCAAAGAAAGGUGUGGUUUUGGAUAACAGUGAUCCGUGUACAGGAAACAAAGGGACGGAGGCUGCUUGUGCAGCCUCAGGAAGUGCAAUAAGUAUUUGGAUGUGGGUGGACGGGAUUAUUACUGAUGUCUUAUGAAUUGUUGCAGACAAAGUUGACAUGAUGAUUGUAUGAUAGAUGGCAUGAGAAAUAAGUUUCCAAUAUUUACUGGGAAAGCAUGCUGAGAGAGCCAAAUGAUAUGAUAGAUGAUAAAAGUUUACCAUGGAAAAUACUAAAAUACCUGUAAAUAAACAUUAUUUACUUUACUGAUUGUAUUGUCAAAUAUUUCCCAUCAAUUAGUUUCAGACUGAGGCCUGAACAAAUAUUUAUAAUAUAUUUACCCCGUGGCUUUUACAUGCAGUAAUCAGACUGUACCGACUACAAUAUUCCGUCUGAUGGUUUUUAUUUUAUCUUAUUGUUUUGUUUUGUUUAUUGAGACUUUUAUGAGUUUAAUUUUUUUUUGCUGACUGCUAGCAGGCGUGUUUGUUUUGUAUUAAUGUGAAUGUGUGGGAGAGAGACUGGAUGUAGAAACGAUGUGCAUCUGAGCAACAAACAGUAAAUAGCUUUAGUUUUCACAAUGUUUUAUUGUCAAAAUUCUCAAUCCAGAUAACUAGGAUUAUACAAAGCAUAUGUAAAGCAACUCAACUGACAAACAUACACUGCCAGCCAAAGUAAAAUACUUACAAUGGUUUAAUGAAUUCAACACUGCAGGAUGACAAAAUAAAAAAUACAAACAUAACUGACUUUUAAAUAACUUACACUUUGAUGUGCAUAUCAGUUUCAUGUUUAUCAUCAUGUUUAUUCAUAUUUAUAAAUGUUUUUGACAGUACAGUGCAAGUUUUGGUGUAAAUGCUUUUUGUUUGCCCUGGUACAGCUUAUAAAUAAGACUGAAAUUACUGUAUCCAUAAUAAUUUUCUUAAACAUUCAUAUGAAAUGCAUAUUUAACACGUUUAAAUUCAAAUUUUACAAUUGUGUGAGUUUGAUUUGACAAUGACGCCUUAAAAUACGGAGGACCAAAACAGCCAAAAAUAUAAAUGCUUGAAUAAUUACUUGAUUAAAUUAACAUAUUAAAUGCAAAUGUGCCUGAUUUGGCACAUUUGAUGGCAUAUUCAUUUAGUUACUGAAAGCAGGUGAGCCACCGAGAUGCAAUAAACAGGUAAAAUUGGAGUUCUGGACUUCUGAUUCUGACUUUUUUUAGUGUGGUUGUUGGUGUAUUUUCUGAAAUUUUACUUCAUAUUUAUUUAUUGAGACAUAUACAUUGUCGGUUUUGGUUCUCCAUAUUUAAAUGUCAUCAGAUUCUGAUUAAAAUGUUGUUAAAUUUCUAUACUUGUGUACAGAUUAUUUUUGACAUGAACAUGGGCAAAAAAUACAAUUUUAAGUUACUCUGAAGUUUUUUAAAAAAUAAAAAAGUAAAAACACAUUUUUCAAAAGGUUUUGACUGGCAGUGUAUAAAAGUCUUUAUGUAAUGUCAGUUCUGGAUUGUGUAAUACCUGGCAAGAAUGGGUGUUAACUUAACAAGUAAGUGUUUUGUAUCCUUUCCUAUAAAGUCUUCCUGCUUUGUAGAAAUCAAAUGAUUUUCCAUUCUUCCUUGGGGAUUAACACACGCACUGAGCAAACUACUGUCAGACUGAAAUAAGCUGAAAAGAUUUUAAAAAACAAACAAACAAAAAAAACCCUGAAGUACAAAGCACUUUAUUCUUUCUUGUACAAUUUUUGAUGUUGCAAAUAAAUAUUUCUGUAAUUA